CCGCGUGAUCAAUGCGCGUUCAAAUGUCAGAAGAAUGCUUGCUCCUGUUCGUGGAUUUUAUACGAGAGACAAGUAUAUUUGUCGGAGACUGAGAAUACUCCGUCCCGUGUGCUCGUGUAAUGGUAAGAGUGCAUAUACAUCUACAAAACCAAAUAACGAGGUUAUUGCAAAUAUGGACAAUGUUUUUGAAGAUUGGUUAAAUGUUACAGAUAGAAUUUUGGAAUAUAAACCUGUAACAGAUAUCGUAAAAAGUGAUGGAUUGAAAUACAAUAAUACAGAAACACAACAACCAGUGGUGAUAAACAAGAUAGACAAUAAGCUCGAUGAUAAACAAGAAAAACAAGGAACUGUAAGAGAAAUGCAGAAAGCAGUUGACGACAUAGUUGAACCAAAAAAGAUAAAACAGCUUUAGUGACGUUACAUGGUAUGUUUGAAAGUAAUUUUCCAC